CCCGCGAGGUCCUGGCCGCAAGCUCCGCCCGCCGGCAUCCCGGGGCGGGGAUCACUGUAAACAAAAUUUCUACCUGAGAAAAUAUUGGAAUAGGAGUUACCUAUACAUUGGAUUUGUUGGAUGAAAUACAAGAAGUUAAUUUUUGUAACGUGAGGAGAAAGCCUGAAUUGCUAGAUUACAUGUGUAAAUCACUGCGAUAUUGCUUUAGUCAUUGUCUCUAUCUAGCAAUGACAAGACUGGAAGAAGUAAAUAGAGAAGUAAACAUGCAUUCUUCGGUGCGAUACCUUGGCUAUUUAGCCAGAAUAAAUUUACUGGUAGCUAUUUGUUUAGGUCUUUAUGUAAGAUGGGAAAAAACAGCAAAUUCCUUAAUUUUGGUCAUUUUUAUUCUUGGUCUUUUUGUUCUUGGAAUUGCCAGUAUACUCUACUAUUAUUUUUCAAUGGAAGCAGCAAGUUUAAGUCUCUCCAAUCUUUGGUUUGGAUUCUUGCUUGGCCUUCUAUGUUUUCUUGAUAAUUCAUCCUUUAAAAAUGAUGUGAAAGAAGAAUCAACUAAAUAUUUGCUUCUCACUUCCAUAGUAUUAAGGAUAUUAUGUGCAUUAGUGGAGAGAAUUUCUGGUUAUGUCCGUCAUCGACCCACUUUACUAACCACAGUAGAAUUUCUGGAACUUGUUGGAUUUGCCAUUGCCAGCACAACUAUGUUGGUAGAGAAGUCUCUGAGUGUCAUUUUACUUGUUGUAGCCUUGGCAAUGCUGAUUAUUGACCUGAGAAUGAAGUCUUUCCUUGCUAUUCCAAACUUGGUUAUUUUUGCAGUAUUGUUAUUUUUUUCCUCAUUGGAAACUCCGAAAAAUCCAGUUGCUUUUGCAUGUUUUUUUAUUUGCCUAAUAACUGAUCCUUUCCUUGACAUUUAUUUUAGUGGACUUUCAGUAACAGAAAGAUGGAAACCCUUUUUGUACCGUGGAAGAAUUUGCAGAAGACUUUCCGUUGUUUUCAGUGGGCUGAUUGAACUUACAUUUUUUAUUUUGUCAGCAUUUAAACUUAGAGAUACUCAUCUCUGGUAUUUUGUAAUACCAGGCUUUUCCAUUUUUGGAAUUUUCUGGAUGAUUUGCCAUAUUAUUUUUCUUUUAACUCUUUGGGGAUUCCAUACCAAAUUAAAUGACUGCCAUAAAGUAUAUUUUGCCCACAGGGCAGAUAACAAUAGCCUUGAUAGAAUCAUGGCAUCCAAAGGUAUGCGUCAUUUUUGUUUAAUUUCAGAGCAAUUAGUUUUUUUUAGCCUUGUUGCAACAGCGAUUUUGGGAGCAGUUUCCUGGCAGCCAACAAGUGGAAUCUUCUUGAGCAUGUUUCUUAUUGUUUUGCCGUUGGAAUCCAUGGCUCAUGGACUCUUCCAUGAAUUGGGUAACUGUUUAGGAGGAACAUCUGUUGGAUAUGCUAUUGUGAUUCCCACCAACUUUUGCAGUCCUGAUGGUCAACCAACACUGCUUCCACCAGAACAUGUACAGGAAUUAAAUUUGAGGUCUACUGGCAUGCUCAACGCUAUCCAAAGAUUUUUUGCAUAUCAUAUGAUUGAAACCUAUGGAUGUGACUAUUCCACAAGUGGACUAUCUUUUGAUACUCUACAUUCCAAACUGAAAUCUUUCCUUGAACUUCGGACUGUGGAUGGACCUAGACAUGAUACAUAUGUUCUCUAUUAUAGUGGACACACCCAUGGCUCAGGAGAGUGGGCUUUAGCAGGUGGAGAUAUACUGCGCCUUGACACACUUUUAGAAUGGUGGAGAGAAAAGAAUGGUUCCUUCUGUUCCCGGCUCAUCAUCAUAUUAGACACGGAGAAUUCAACCCCUUGGGUCAAAGAAGUAAGAAAGGUUAAUGACCAGUAUAUUGCAGUGCAAGGAGCAGAGAUGGCAAAGGCAGUAGAUAUUGAAGAAGCCGAUCUACCACAGCUGGGUGAUUUUACAAAAGACUGGGUUGAAUAUAACUGCAACACCAGUAAUAACAUCUGCUGGACUGAAAAGGGACGCACAGUGAAAGCAGUGUAUGGUGUGUCAAAACGCUGGAGUGACUACACUCUGCACUUGCCAACAGGAAGCGAUGUAGCCAAGCACUGGAUGUUACACUUUCCUCGUAUUACAUAUCCACUUGUGCAUUUAGCAAAUUGGUUAUGUGGUCUGAACCUUUUUUGGAUCUGCAAGACUUGUUUUAGGUGCUUGAAAAGAUUAAAAAUGAGUUGGUUUCUUCCUACUGUGCUGGACACAGGACAAGGCUUUAAACUUGUCAAAUCUUAAUUUGGACCCCAAAGAAGGGUAUUUUUGAGAGUUCGUAUUACCAGUUAUCACUUGCCAUUUUUUUGUAUGCUGUAUUUUUAUUUGUGGAAAAUAUCUUGCUACUACUGUAGCUGCUUUUACUUUUUCUUUUCUCAAGUAAAUUAUGGGAUUUGGGAGGUGUUGAGAAUAAGCAUUUUAUAUUAAAAGUAUGUGGGAAGUCACUGACUAUGUAAAUGUAUGAUGUUAAAAAUAACUGCACUUUCAGGAAUGUUUGCAUUUGCCUCUAAUUAGAAAGAAAACAAUUGUCUAUGCCCUACAGUGGCCAGUGAAGAAUUUUACUCUAAUGCCUUGUUUUCUAGGCAUACAUUGGAGAUUGUAGAUCUGACAGAUUUGUUUACUAUUUUAAAACUACCAAUUUACUAACAAAUUUCUUUUUUAUGAACAGUUAGGUUUGAGUCCGUCCAAGGCCAUUUGAAGAACUGUAAACAUUUCUUAGAAAAAGAAGAGGCCUACCAAAAAUGAAUGCAAAAUUUGCUUACACUCCAUCACAUUUGGAUAUUGGUUGUAAACUGUUAACAAUAUUGCAGAGAAGCUCAAAUUCCUUUUUAGCUCAAAACAUUCUUCAUGUAGGUAACCGUAAGAAGCUAAGAGCCAACCAGUUGUUCCUUCAUGCAUACUGAGGGCCUCUGAAAACACUGGUAAUUUUAAGAGUCUUUCUCAGGGUAACAAUGUUUUCCUAAUGAACAGUGUUUCAAGCUACAAAUUUCUUGCAGAUAAACUGUCUUUCCUUUCAAAAAGUAGUCUUAUAAAAGAAAUUUAGCAAUUUUUGCAUUGUCCAGUUCAGUCCAUAUAAGUAUUCAGAAACAUUUUCAUCUCUGUGGUGUUAAUACUGUGCUAUGAAAAUUAUUUUAAAAAUUCCCAUUUUUGAUAAAUUUUUUUUCUACUGAAGGUAAAAGGAUAGUAAACAAGUCAUUUUUUUCUUGUAUGCAUGCAUUAUGUAAAAACGUAUUCUUGUUUGCAGUUUCUGUUAAGCAUAAUAGAGUGGUUGUGAUUUUAAAAAUUUAAUUCAUUGUUUCAUCUGAGUAAAAUAGGCAGUGAUCAGGCUAUCUCCUAAGAACAGUUCAUUUCUUAUUCCCUUCCAGUGAUCCUUGAACUCUAAAUUUUCAUUUUUGAGAAAUACUAAGAGGGGAAUAUAAUUAAAUUGGGAGAUAAUCUUUGUUUUUAAAAUAGAGUAACUUUUCACCAUUGAAGCCAUUUUUCCCAACUCAGAAGAAAUAAUGCCUCUACCAUUUUCUACUGGUGACAAGAAGUUGAAACUUAGUUAGGAAGAAGUCACUUAGUGUCUGGGAACUUGUAUAUCACAAUCUAUGCAUCAUUGUUAUAAUCUGAUUAUUUCUAUGUUUCAAAUAUGAUUUUCUUAAAAUACUUUGAAUAAAAUUUUGUUAAAAAUUAAUUU